AAGGAACCUUAAGAUCUGACGACGGCAACGCCAGCGAAAACGCCACUGAGAAACUGAGUUCGGGUCUUAAUUCAAACUAUUUCUCAUUAAUUCCAAAUUGUCCAGUCUUUUAAAGGUUGGGAAAUGAAGCUGGAGACCGCGUCCGAGCUCAGAAAGACACAAUAAAAUUUAUUGCCUGCCGUUCACGUUCUUAAGAGAACUUAAGAUUUGAUCAUUUAAAUCAUAGUUGUGCAUACGCGGUGAAGAAUUUGACAGAAAGCGCGAUACGAUGCACUCGCAAAGCUGUUGCUUUACUUAUUUAACUUGCGGCUUUUUCUACCUCCUCGCUGCCGUAUUAUAAAGAGAUUCGGGGGGGAGCAUGAUGCCAGAGUAGUGUUCGAAUUAAAAUAAUUUAAAGUAAAUAAUAUCCCUGUUCUUGUAUCGGUUCCCCUUCACAUUGCUGUUUCUGUUCCGUUGCUGUCUCCGGUUCCGGUUCCGGUUCCGGUUCCUGUUCCCAUUCCCGUUCCUAUUCCGGAUUCCGGUUUCCGGUUUUUCCAGACGCCCGCAAACACUACAAACAGUUACACGGUACAGCUAUGGGCUCUCCAGUUUCUGUUGUUGUAGCAGAAAUUGUCAUGCAAAACAUCGAGGAACAAGCUCUAGCUAUCUACACGCGAACUGUACCUCUUUGGUUACGUUACGUUGACGACACAUUCACCGCCGUACACAAAGACGGAAUCGACGAUUUUCACGAACACCUCAACAGACAGAACGCGGACAUACAGUUCAUACAUACAGUUCACCAAGGAGAUCGAAGAAAAUGGUAAGAUACCUUUUCUAGACUGCUUGGUAACUCGCGACAACAACAAACUAAAAACGACUAUUUACAGAAAACCGACACAUAUCGACCGAUUACUAGACCAGUCUUCGUACAAACCGACCUCUCACAAGGCGACUACUAUCCGGACUCUGAUGAGACGAGCGCAACUAGUUUGCGACUCACCUGACAGCCUACAAGACGAGACUGUUUAUCUCAACAACGUUUUUAGUAAGAACAAAUACAACACGGACUUUGUUAGACGGAACACUCACAGUAACACUGAUUCCAACUCUCAGACCAACUCUGGCCCUGUUACGACAGCGACUAUACCGUACAUCAGAGGCACCUCUGAAACUAUUGCACGUAUAUUACAACCUUACAAUAUACGUGUUGCGCACAAACCGAUAACCACUUUACGGCAACUGCUUACUAAUGUCAAGGACAAAAACAAACCGGAAGACAGACAGGGAACAGUAUACAAGAUCAAAUGCUGCGACUGCCAGGCUUAUUACAUUGGUGAAACCGGCAGAAACCUAAGCACGCGACUAACCGAACACAAACGCGCGACGAGGAAUGGUGACGUCAACAAUCACAUUGCUGUGCACCAUUUAAAGACGAAACAUCAAAUUGACUGGGACUCUGCGACAUAUAUAACGUACUCUACAGACUACUAUCAAGGUCUUACUUUAGAAAGCUGGUUUACUAACUUAGAACAAACGCCACUGAAUCGUAGCCAACAGUUACCAGCGCCGUGCAAACGACUUAUUGACGAGAUCAAGCAAAACUAACUACGAGAGAACAGCUGGAGAACUGACAAUUUGACUAAAAAUAGACGACUGUUUAACUGUAACAAUAGACGGAUCGAAACGCACCAAUCACUGAUUACGAGUCUUCAUAGCCAAUAACAUCACGGCUUAACUGACAGUCGACCAAUAACAUCGCGACAUAAUUGACCAAUCAGAUCAAUAACCAGAGUAUAAUACCAUCAACUAAUGUGAUACAACUCACUUUCACUCUGAAGAUGACUACCGCACAGGUUGCCAAAACGUCAGUCACUGUCAACAACAACAGUCCUAUUCAGGACUAGGCUCACCCGGACGAUCAAACUCAACCUUUUAACAUAUGUUAUAUAACAUAAAAUAACAUGACACAUGUUAUAUAACAUAUGUUAAAAGAUGACAUACACAUGUUAUAUAACAUGAGAUAUGUUAUGUAACAUAACAUGACAUGACAUAUGUUAUAUAACAUAACAUAACAUGACACAUGACACAUGACACAUGUUAUAACAACAUGACAAAUGUUAUAAAACAUAACAUGACACAUGUUAUAUAACAUAUGUUAUAACAUGACAUAUGUUAUAUAACAUGACAUGACCCAUGUUAUAUAACAUAACAUGACACAUGUUAUAACAUAACAUAACAUGACACAUGUUAUAUAACAUAACAUGACACAUUUUAAAUAACAUAACAUGACACAUGUUAUAUAACAUAACAUAAAACAUGUUAUAUAACAUAUGUUAUAACAUGCCAUGACAUAUGUUAUAUAUCAUGCCAUAACAUGACACAUGUUAUAACAUAACAUAACAUGAAAUGGCAUGACACAUGUUAUAUAACAUAUGUUAUGCAACAUAACAUAACAUAACACGUUAUAUAACAUAUGUUAUAUAACAUAACAUGACACGGCAUAUGUUAUAUAACAUAACACAACAACAUAUGUUAUAACAUGAAACGACCAUAUGUUAUAUAACAUGACAUGACAUGUUAUAUAACGUAACAUGACAAUGUUAUAAUAUAACAUGACACAUGUUUUAUCGAAUAACAUAACAUGACACAGGUUAUAUAACAAAUGUUAUAACAUGCCAUGACAUAUGUUAUAUAAUUAACAAUUAUUCUUUGAAAUCGAGGUGAAUAGUGGCAAAAUAUUUACCGAGCCGCGAAAGCGGCGAGGUAAAUAUUCCCAAAGCCACUAUUCACCGAGAUUGAGAAGAAUAAUUGUUUUAGUAUAUACACACGAAGUGAUCUCAACAAAAUCAGAAAGGAAACCAUUCAAAAGUAGGAUUUGAUUGACAGAUCAAAUCACGCGUAAGUUUAAAAAUAGAUCUUUGCAGAAUUUUCAAACAUGGCAAUUCACAAGUUUACUCAUUUCGCAAACAACAGCGUAAUGGCUUCAGUGGAAUCGCUAAAAGUUUGAACUGUUUCCUUACCUGAGAAAAAAAGUAGAGCUGUGUUGUUUUCUGUUGACUCGCCAAGUUUAUAGCCAAAAGGGCAUGUUGUGUCGUUCUUCGCAUGAAGUGCUGACAAAAAUGGCGGCUCGGUUGCUCGAGGUAAGAGGUCGUCUUCCUGUAUCAUUCUUUUUCCUGUUUACUUGAAAUGUAGAAUUUCUGCAGACAUUUCCUUUUAAAUUUGUUUGUCAUAAAUAAACUUCGAUUUUUGAGCCAAAAUUUUCUUCUUAGAAAACGCUGAGUUCACGAAACGGCUUCUUCUACGCGAAUACACGGGAGUUGUAAACAAUCCAUCGAGCACAAAACUCCUGCUACAGUAAAUUGAAAAACGCCGUAUUGAAUCCUUCCAAGUCUUUUCUUGCCUUAAAAAAAGUCAGCCCUAGGAUUUUGUCGACUUUUAAAAGAUCGUUCUCUAAAAAAAACGGGAAAAACACCGAGCUCACACAUUAUCCACUCGCUAGGAGGUGAAUAUUGUUGAAUAGUCCGAGAUAGCGAACCAAUCAGAUUGCUUAAAUCACCAAGAUCACUGAGUGUGUAUAUACUAACAUAACAUAGCACAUGUUAUAUAACAUAACAUAGCACAUGUUAUAUAACAUAACAUGAAACAUGUUUUAUAUCAUAUGUUAUAAAACAUAACAUAAAACAUGUUAUAUAACAUAACAUGACACACGUUAUAUAACAUAUGUUAUAACAUGACACGACAUAUGUUUUAUAACAUGAUGUGUUAUAUAAUAUAACAACAUAUGUUAAAACAUAACACGACCAUAUGUUAUAAAAGAUGACAUCUGUUAUAUAACAUAACGUGACAUGACACAUGUUAUUUAACAUAAGAUGACACAUGUUUUAUCACAAAACAUAACAUGAGACAUGUUAUAUAACUUAUGUUAUAACAUAACAUAACAUGACGUGACACAUGUUAUAUAACAUAACAUAACAUGACAUGACCCAUGUGAUAUAACAUAACAUGAACCAUCUCAUAACAUAACAUAACAUAACAUAACAUAACAUGACACACGUUAUAUAACAUAACAUGACACAUGUCUUAUCACAUAUGUUAUAACAUAACAUGACACAUGUUAUAUAACAUAUGUUAUAACAUGACACGACAUAUGUUAUAUAACAUGGCGUGUUAUUUUAACAUAACAACAUAUGUUAUAACAUGACACGACCAUAUGUCAUAUAACAUGACAUAUGUUAUAUAACAUAACAUGACAUGACACAUGUUAUAUAACAUAACAUGACAUGACACAUGUUAUAUAACAUAACAUGACAAUGUUAUAAUAAUUAUAACAUGAUACAUGUUAUUUAACAUAAGAUGACACAUGUUUUAUCACAUAGCAUAACAUGACACAUGUUAUCAAACAUAACUUACCAUGACAUGACAUGACAUGUUAUAUAACAUAACAUGACACAUUUUAUAUAACAUAUGUUAUAACAUGACAUGAUAUAUGUUAUAUAACAUGACAUGACAUGACACAUGUUAUAUAACAUAACAAGACAAUGUUAUAAUAUAACAUGACACCUGUUAUAUCACAUAACAUAUUAUGACACAUGUUAUAUAACAUAUAUAACAUGAUACAUUUAACAUGACAUGACAUAUGUUAUAUAGCAUGACAUGACAUGACACAUGUUAUGUAACAUAACAAGACAAUGUUAUAAUAUAACAUGACACCUGUUAUAUCACAUAACAUAUUAUGACACAUGUUAUAUAACAUAACAUGACAUGGCCCAUGUAAUAUAAGAUAACAUGACACAUGUCAUAACGUAACAUGACAUGAGAUGACCCAUGUUAUAUAACAUAACAUGACACAUGUCAUAACAUAACAUAACAUGACAUGACAUGACACAUGUUUUAUAACAUAACAUAGCACAUGUUUUUUAACGUAACAUAACAUGAAACAUGUUAUAUAACAUAUGUUGUAACAUGACAUGACAUGUGUUCUAUAACAUGCCAUAAAAUGGCACAUGUUAUAUAAUAUACACUUAAUGUCAGAUCCCAAGGGAAACAUCAGGACUUCGUCUCGGGAAACAUCAGGACUCUCGGGAAAACAAGACUAACUGGUUUCCCGAUGGAUCUGACAUUAAGUGUUUUGUUAUAUUUCUAGAACUUUCACUUCAACAGCAACAAAAGAAUAACCGGAGUGAACGAAAACGAACCAAAACAGUCGACUCGGUUAACUUAUAACAACACAAAUUUAAUUCUCAAAACCACUGAAUGAAUGAUUUACAAACAAAAGUACUUUCCUUAUAUCAUCUGCAUCUUUUUCCUCCACUAGCUGCUGUUUUUCGUCUGGGAACUUCUGGGAUAACUUUAAAAAUCGCUGCUUUUUAGCUUGAGGCUUCCUGAUUGUUGUUGUGUUCAUUCACGAAAUAGAAAACCGGCAGGACCUGGCAGUGUUUUUCCCGCCUUCUGUCACGCCACUUUCCACCAUGCUUUGAUCACGUGCUGCAAUGUAUCCCGAGCGGGAUACAUUGUUUAAUGUAUCAAAAUCGGGAUACAUGUGAUUUUAGUCAAUGCCACGUGACCAAGAAUCAACCAAUGGCAGUCCCUGCUUAGUUGAGUGAAAUUCUAGGAAUAUAACAACAUAUGUUAUACAACAUAACAUAAGAUGACCAGUUAUAUAACAUAUGUUAUAACAUGACACGAUGUAUGUGAUAUAACAUGACAUGUGUUAUAUAACAUAACAUGACACAAGUUAUAUAACAUAUGUUGUAACAUGACACGACAUAUGUUAUAUAACAUAACAUGAUAUGACACAUGUUAUAUAACAUAACAUGACAAUGUUAUAAUAUAACAUGACACCUGUUAUAUCACAUAACAUAUUAUGACACAUGUUAUAUAACAUAACAUGACACAUUUAACAUGACAUGACAUAUGUUAUAUAACAUAACAUGACACAUGUUAUAUAACACAUGUUAUAUACCAUAACAUGACAUAUAUUCUAUAACAUAUCUUAUAUAACAUGACAUGACAUAUGGUAUAUAACAGAACAUGACAUGACACAUGUUAUAUAACAUAACAUGACACAUGUUAUAUAACAUAACGUAGCACAUAUUAUAACAUAACAUAACAUAACAUGACAUGACAUAUAUUAUAUAACAUAACAUGACACAUGUCAUAACAUAACAUAACAUGACAUGACAUGACCUAUGUUAUAUAACAUAACAUAGCACAUGUUAUAUAACAUACUGAUAUGAAACAUGUUAUAUAACAUAUGUGGUAACAUGACAUGACAUGUUUUAUAUAACAUGCCAUAAAAUGACACAUAUGUUAUAGAACAUAUGUUAUACAUGACAUAUGUAUAACAUGACAUGACAAAUGUUAUAUAACAUGACACGAUGUAUCUUGACAUGUGUUAUAUGUAUCGUGACAUGUGUUAUAUAACAUAAUAUAACAUGAUAUAUAACAUGACAUGACAUAUGUUAUAUAACAUAACAUGACACAUGUUAUAUACCAUAACAUGACGUAUAUUAUAAAACAUAUGUUAUAUAACAUGACAUGACUUAUGUUAUAUAUCAUAACAUAACAUGACACAUGUUAUAUAACAUAACAUGACACAUGUUAUAUAACAUAACAUAACACAUAUUAUAACAUAACAUAACAUGACAUGACAUUUGUUUUAUAACAUAACAUGACACAUGUUUUAUCACAUAACAUAACAUGACACAUGACACGUUAUAUAACACAUGUUAUAUAACAUAACAUUACAUGACAUAUGUUAUAUAACAUAACAUGACAUGACACAUGUUAUAUAACAUAUGUUAUAACAUGACAUGAUAUAUGUUAUAUAACAUAACAUGACAUGACACAUGUUAUAUAACAUAACAUAACAUGACAUGACCCAUGUGAUAUAACAUGACAUGACACAUCUCAUAACAUAACAUAACCUAACAUAACAUUUCAUGACACACGUUAUAUAACAUAACAUGACAAAUGUUUUAUCACAUUGUCAUAACAUAACAUGAGACAUGUUAUAUAACAUAUGUUAUAACAGGACACGACUAUAUGUUAUGUAACAUAACAUGACAUGACACAUGUAAUAUAACAUAACAUGACAAUGUUAUAAUAUAACAUGAUACAUGUUAUUUAACAUAAUAUGACACAUCUUUUAUGACAUAACAUGACAUGACACAUGUUAUAAAACAUAAGUUAACAUGACAUGACAUGACAUAUGUUAUAUAACAUAAAAUGACACAUUUUAUAUAACAUAUGUUAUAACAUGACAUGACAUAUGCUAUAAAACAUGUUAUAUAACAUAACAUGUCACAUGUUAUGACCCAUGUUAUAUAACAUAACAUGACACGUCAUAACGUAACAUAACAUGACAUGACAUGACAGAUGUUAUAUAACAUAUGUUAUAUAACAUAACAUGAAACAUGUUAUAUAACAUAUGUUGUAACAUAACAUGACAUGUUUUAUAUAGCAUGCCAUAAAAUGACACAUGUUAUAUAAAAUAUGUUAUAUAUGACAUAUGUAUAA